AUGAGAAAGAGAGGGUUAGGUUCUCCCAUGAUGCUAUAAAAUUACUCAAAUUUUUAAUGUAUAAACUUAUAGAAAUAUAAUUGUGUUAGUAAAAAUCACGUUGUAAUAACUACGACUGAUUAACACGAUAUAUUUGAUUUAUCAAAAAUGAGUCGCAGAAGGGUUCACGAAGAGGAGGAUGGAUACGAACGGGCGUAUAAAAAACGUAGGAGAGUAUCAGAAAAUCAAGAAAUUGAAGACAGGCUUGAAUCUCUUAUUCUAAGAGUAGGAGAAAAAUCGACAUCCUCUUUGGAAAGUAACUUGGAGGGUUUAGCUUCUGUUUUAGAAGCUGAUCUUGGGUUGUUCCGUAGCAAAAUACUUAGGAUUUUGACUGAGUGUGCUAUUCGAAUGCCAGAGAAAUGUACAAUUUAUACUACACUUGUUGGCCUGUUGAAUGCAAAGAAUUUUAAUUUCGGUGGUGAAUUUGUUGACUAUAUGGUGAAGAACUUUAAAGAUGCACUGAAAGCUUGUAAAUGGGAUGUGGCUAGAUAUUCAUUAAGAUUUCUAGCAGAUCUAGUAAACUGUCAUGUUUUAUCUUGUGGAUCAUUAAUGCAACUAUUUGAUAAUAUGUUAGAUACUGCUAAUGAAGAUGGUGUACCUCAAGUAAGACGUGACUGGUAUGUCUAUGCCGUAUUAUCAACAUUACCAUGGGUUGGAAGAGAAUUAUAUGAAAAGAAGGAACAAGAAUUGGAUCAUUUAAUGGUGACAAUAGAGAUAUUUUUAAAUAAGAGAAGUAAAAAACACCAGCCAGCAUUAAGAGUUUGGUCAAGUGAUACACCACAUCCUCAGGAAGAAUAUUUAGAUUGUUUAUGGGCUCAAGUGAGGAAACUUAGACAAGACAAUUGGGCAGAAAAACAUAUUCCUAGACCAUAUCUUGCUUUUGACUCGAUAUUAUGUGAAGCAUUACAGCAUAAUUUGCCCACUAUAAUGCCACCGCCCCAUCACGAAUCCUAUUCGUAUCCGUUACCGACGGUAGUUUUCCGCAUGUUUGAUUAUACAGAUUGUCCAGCUGAAGGACCAUUAUUACCUGGAAGUCAUGCUAUAGAACGUUUUCUUAUAGAGGAACACUUAAGGCAAAUUAUCAAUAACUUUUUCUACGAAAGAAAAGAUUGUGCAGCUCAGUUAUUGAAUUUUCCAUACAAAGCAAAAAUACCUUUAGAUUAUUGUAUUGUGGAAGUAAUAUUUGGAGAACUAUUUAGAUUACCUGCACCAAGGAAUUUAGAAAUAUGUUAUGGAUCAAUUUUAAUCGAGCUCUGUAAAUUGCAACCAUCGACAAUGCCACAGGUUUUGGCUCAAGCGACAGAAAUUUUAUUCCGCCGUAUAGACAGUAUGGCUGCUACUGCUUUCGAUCGUUUUGUAUGGUGGUUCGCGUAUCAUUUAAGCAACUUCCAGUUUCGUUGGUCUUGGGAAGAUUGGGAUUCUUGUUUGCAUGAAAAUUACAUAUCUAUUCAUAAUUUUUUUAGAUUAUCGUAUUACCAAAGAAUACGGGAUAUGAUGCCAGAAUCAUACGCUGAACUAAUUCCAGCACCCCCAGAACCUAUUUACAAAUAUACCUCUGAAGGAGCCAGUACACUUCCGGGUACAGCGGCUGCUCACGAAUUAGUAGUCUCAAUUAGACGGAAAUGUACACCAGAAGAAGUCCUGGAUGUGCUAAACACGUUGCCAGGUCCUAGAGAAAAUGAGGAAACGAAUAAUUUUAAUCCUCUGAAAAUUGAUGUUUUUGUACAAACAUUACUGAAUUUAGGUUCUAAAAGUUUUAGUCACAGUUUCGCGGCGAUAGGAAAAUUUCAUUACGUUUUUCAAGUUCUCGCUGAAACGGAAGAGGCACAAAUAUGCAUUUUAAGAAAUAUGUAUGCAUUAUGGAAGAAUCACUAUCAAAUGAUAGUGGUUUUAACGGAUAAAUUCUUAAAGACUGGAAUUAUUGAAUGUAGUGCCAUUGCUAAUUGGAUAUUCUCCAAAGAAAUGGCAUCAGAAUUUACUAAAUUAUAUAUUUGGGAAAUACUUCAUCUGACAAUUCGAAAGAAGAACAAACACGUAACUAAGUUAAGCACAGAGUUAGCAGAAGCAAGAGAGAAGUUAAGAAGAGCGGAGAGUAGAUCAGGAUCAUCGUCGGAAGAUGAGGAUAAUAACAAAGAUAGAAAUAGGGAAAAGCCAUCGGAAGACGUUGUGGAAAGAAUGGAAGAAAAGCUGGAAACAGCCCAAGCAGACCAGAAAAAUUUGUUUCUUAUCAUUUUCCAGCGUUUUAUAAUGAUUCUGUCAGAACAUCUAGGACGUUGUGACACUGACGGUAUAGAUUAUAAUACUCAUUGGUACAAAUGGACUAUAGGUAGAUUACAGCAAGUGUUUUUAACUCAUCACGAACAAGUUCAAAAGUAUUCAUCGACGUUAGAGACUUUACUUUUUACGCCAGAUCUGGACCCUCAUAUUCUGGACGUUUUCCAUCAAUUCGUUUCUCUACGAGCGUGA